AGAAGGUGGCAUCAUCAUGAGAAGCCGGUGCCGACGACGCCAACGCCCGUGAGACCGUUGAGGACUGGCAGCCUGAGAGAGAAGGCCCAGUGAAGCCAACGAUGAAGGAAGGCUGUUGUGUGAAACACGUAGGCCUCCACUACAGGUCCAGUCAAGAGGAGAACGGAAUGCUGUCAGCACAACCCAUCCAACAACAGGGAACUGUUCACCAUCUGCCACAGGAGAUGGUGGGAAGUGUGCAUGCCCAGAACCACCCUCAUUCUGGGUUCCCUCUCAAUCAUCCGGCCACUGACUUCCACUUUGGACCUGUUUACAACAUGGCGGGAUUUGGCAACUGGGGCCCUCAGAGUAGAGGGAUAGGGACUGGUGACCCUGCUCAUGAGAAGAAGAAUGAGCUCCGUUUGGAACUCGAGAAAGUUCUGUCACGGCCAUCCAACGCGGGGUCCUGGUACAAGUUCGACGUGCUAAGGACUGAGUUGCAGAUGCUAGAGGCGCCGCUGUGUGGCCUCGUCGCACAGCCAGUCGAGGACCAGUGAGGAGACACGAGACCUCACCAGAUGUGGAAACCAGUAGAUUGGGUUGCGUCUAAACAAGUCUAGUUUUGCGAUGACUUUUAUAGAGUAUCUGAUCUGCAUCUCAACCUAUAUGAUAAUGCCCACUGUUUGUAUACUGCAUGUUAAACUUUGUAGUAACACACAGUUCUGUAAUAGUUGCAUCUCAUCUUAUUACAAAAGUAGUCAUGCUGCAAAGGUUGGUGUUUGUUUCUACAAGGUAUC